UUUUCCAACCUGAGUAAUUCUGUGAUUCUAUGAUUUAAAACCUGGUUAUUUGUAAAUGAAAUCUCACUGACAGCAAAUGUCAAACAGGGAUUCUGCACAAACCAAAACGUCGUCUGGACAAUCACCAUGGGAUUGCAUGGAGUCUUUUGUUGGAGAACUAUGUUUAGUUCUGGCGUGACACCUCACAAAGGAUGCAAGCCACCUGGAAAGGGCACCGGAGAGAGACAGGAAUGGCUGAGCGUCUAGAAAGUGUGGCCCCAGGAAAGAUGAAAAGAGCAGCCUGUUUAUUUGUAAGGAAGUGAGAUGUGGUAACAGACAUAACAUAACUUUCCUGCUGUGUAGAGGCGGUAAAGGAUCUGUUCCUUCUGUCUGCUGGAGCAAAAAGAAGUAAUAGGCUACAACUGCAGCAGGAAGGACUUUUGUUAGGGUCGCCAGAAGAUACCAGGAAUACAUCACAGCUGCAAAUAAGCAAAGACUCAGUGCCAGUCUCCUUCAGUUAAUGAGAAAUGGCUACUCCAGAGCAACAUGCUCAGCACUGUCUCCUCCGCUCCCCAGCACCCUAGAAGGUUAUACAGCCAUCUUCACAAUUCAUAUCCAGCCUAACAGUUCGGAAGAGAUGAUUGCCCUAAUUUUCUUCUCUGCCCUGCUGUGGGACGAAGCUCAAGCAUGGGGAUUCAAGGAUGGAGUGCUGCAUAACUCUAUUUGGCUAGAACGAGCAGCUGGGGUGUACCACCGGGAGUCGCGCUCCGGGAAGUACCAGCUCACCUAUGCAGAAGCAAAAGCAGUCUGCGAAUACGAGGGAGGACACCUAGCCACCUAUCAGCAGCUGGAGGCAGCGAGAAAAAUAGGUUUCCAUGUGUGUGCUGCUGGCUGGAUGGCCAAGGGCAGAGUUGGUUACCCCAUAGUAAAAGCUGGAGCCAACUGUGGUUUUGGAAGAACUGGGAUUGUGGACUAUGGGAUUCGCCUCAACAGAAGUGAGAGAUGGGAUGCCUACUGCUACAACCCAAACGGAAAAGAAUGUGGUGGAGUCUUCACGGAUUCAAAACAUGUUUUUAAGUCACCAGGCUACCCAAACGAGUAUGAAAAUGACCAAAUUUGCUACUGGCAUAUCAGAGUAAAGUAUGGACAGCGGAUUCACCUCCAGUUUCUGGAGUUUGAUGUUGAAGACGACACUGCCUGCAUGGCUGAUUACUUGGAAAUCUAUGACAGCUAUGAUGAUAUCAACGGUUUUGUGGGCAGGUUCUGUGGAGAUGAGCUGCCAGAUGAUAUCAUUAGCACAGGUAACGUGAUGACCCUGAAGUUUCUGUCAGAUGCCUCAGUGACUGCUGGUGGGUUUCAGAUUAGGUAUGUUACGAUAGACGUGCCUUCCAAGGCAGGGGAUGGAAAGAACACGACCUCCCAAGGAAAAGCAAACUUCUUAUCAGGGAAGUUUGGCAUUAUGUGAGCAGAAUAGCAUGGUGCACUCACUGGGAACCACAUUUUAGAUCCCAAUUCAGAUACCUGUUUCUUCAGAUCAGGCAGGGACAUACGGUCAUUUCCUUCAAAUCUUCCUGACUUGUUACUGUCUAUCAGUUUUGAUAACAAAGUAUACCAGGAAAUAAAUUAUAAGAUGUGUUUUUCGAUGACAAGUCCUGUAAGUUCACUGUUCCCAAAGGCUGUAGAACUAUUUCUGUAUAUAAAGUGUCCCCUUCCCUCACUUCUUGCACCAUUUGAACCAACUUUUUGUGCAAGUUGUGUUUGCAUUACUUUUAACUCCUCAUUUCCUUGGUUUCACAUAUUUAUUUUGUAGACUGUUAUUUUUUAUUAUUAUUAACUCAUUCCCCUGAACUCAAAAGGCCUUUUGAGUCUCUAAAGACACAUGAGUUCAUCCUGUGGAUGGCCUGGCAGCCACCCAUGCCAUUGCCUGGAGCCUGAGGGCUGUGAAGCAGCACAGAAAGCACAGGACCCCCGGCAAUACCAGUCAUUUUCUUGCGGGAUGGAUCAGAAAGCACUCAGCACGUUUUGCCGGGGUCUCCUCACGCAGAGAAGAGGUGGCCCAGUCUUUUCACUUGUCCCACUGCACGGGGUGAAGAACCAAACGGGAGCCUUGGUGACAGACUGGUGGGAUGGGGCAUCGGAAGGAACCGCUGCCAAGAAGUCCAUUUGGAGGACACCCCUGCGAUGCCGUGUGUCGUUUACGUGGGUUUUAAGAAGACUGCGCUACUUUGAAUGGAUAAACAUAAACUGCUCCACGUUUGUUCUCAUCUCCAGUUUAAAUCCCGCGGUCUGAAGCAGCAUUAAAGCUACCUCUGUUUUAACCUCG